AUGGAAACUCCACAAAUAUCAAAAUUUAACAAUCAAAAAAUCCAUAAUGACCAACUUCGACGUCAACAGAAAAUGGGAAAAUUUUGUGACAAAAUAUCUCCCGUAAUUAAUGCACUUGCUGAAAAGAGAGAAAUCAAUGUGGUUAAAUCUAAUGUAUGUGUAGAAUUUAGAAUAUUAAUGAAACACUCUAAUGAAGAUUCAGACACAGUAUUGGGAAAGGGACGUUUCAAUGUAUUGCAUUAUGCUUGUCAUUACGGUCAUUAUGAAAUUAUUAAAUACUUGUUGAAUGAUUUGGAUUUGAAAAUGUUGUUGAGUAAGGAUCGAAAUGAAUUCGGAGAAACACCUGUCGAUGCGUUAAGAAAUUCACAAGUCAAUGAACAAGUUCGAAAAGAAUGUUUGAAAUUGUUUGAGGACGUGUUGGAAAAGGAUGAAACAGAGAAAAAGGAAGAAUUUAAUGAAGAAGAAGAAAAAUUGUCUCAAACGUUUGAUGAGAAGAUGACAAUGGACAACAAUUUGGAACCAAAAAUGGAGAAUGGUGAAGAAACAACUUCAUGUGUGGAGAAUGAAGAAAAGGAACUUGAAGAACAGCAAGUUGUGAAGGAGUGUUCAGUCAUUAGAGACCACAACAAUGAGUAG